CUUACAUCCGUGUCUCUCUCUCCCCUCCCCUCCCACUUUCUCUAAAAAAAAAUCAACGGAAAAAUAGACCCUCCGGUGAGGAUGAACAGGGGGGAAAGGGAAGUUCUACGCUCGGAUGUGGUCCAGGUGCUCGUCCUUUCCCUGCGUGACGUGUGUUUCCAGGCGCCGGGCACCAUGCCGCGCAGCCCCACGUCCAGCGAGGACGAGAUGGCCCAGAGCGUGUCCGACUACUCCCUGGGCUCGGGGUCGGACAGCUCCAAGGAGGAGACCAUCUACGACACCAUCCGGGCCACGGCGGGGAAGCCGGGCGGCACCUGCCCAUCCCCACUGCGUAAACACCUUCACUCUCUCUGGCCACGUGCCCGGCGGGCGCUCGGGGGGCACUGGGUCACCGACCACGCAUCACUGUCCUCCCCGCAGAAGUGCCUUCGCUUCAACCCCGACGCCACGGUGUGGGUGGCGAAGCAGCGGAUCCUGUGCUCGCUGAACCAGAGCCUGAAGGACGUGCUGAACUACGGGCUGUUCCAGCCGGCCAGCAACGGGCGCGACGGCAAGUUCCUGGACGAGGAGCGGCUCCUGCGCGAGUACCCGCAGCCCGCGGGCAGGGGCGUGCCUUCCCUGGAGUUCCGAUACAAGAAGCGGGUGUACAAACAGUCCCAUCUGGACGAGAAGCAGCUGGCCAAGCUUCACACCAAGACCAACCUGCGGAAAUGCAUGGACUACGUUCAGCAUCGCUCGGUGGAGAAGAUCGUGAAGAUGCUGGACCGGGGCCUGGACCCGAAUUUCCACGACCUGGAGACGGGGGAGACGCCCCUGACCUUGGCGGCCCAGCUGGACGACUCCGUGGAGGUGAUCAAAGCGCUGAGGAAUGGUGGGGCGCACCUGGACUUCCGCGCCAGGGACGGGAUGACAGCCCUGCACAAGGCCGCCCGCACCAGGAACCAGGUGGCCCUCAAGGUACCGUCUGUGCCCCGGGAACGCCCCACCCCUCAGAUUCCCUGGUAUGGACACGUGCAGCACCUGGAGCACCUGCUCUUCUACGGGGCUGACAUGGGGGCGCAGAACGCCUCGGGGAACACGGCCCUGCACAUCUGCGCUCUCUACAACCAGGACCUCGCCUGGAGAGUGGGGUGGGGUGUGGACACUCCAUGA